AUGGUUGUUUGUUUAAAGCGUAUUAAUGACUCUAAAUGUAUUAAUGAAGACUUUUUAGAAGAGGUUAAAAAUCAGCAUUAUUAUGGGGGUGACUCAUCAAUUGCAAUUUAUGGAAUUACUAAGGAUCCACGAAAUAGUGAUUAUAUCAUAGUAAUGCAAUAUGCAAAGGAAGGAAGUCUUCGGAAACUAUUAGACUCUAGAUAUCAUGAGUUAAAUUGGAUUUGCAAAAUAGACAACCUACGCUAUAUAUCCCAGGGACUUUGCGCAAUUCAUAAAGCCAGAUUAAUACAUAAAGAUUUCCAUUCUGGAAAUAUUGUUAAUCAAAGUCUUUUGUCUCCUUACAUAACUGAUUUUGGUUUAUGCAAACCAGUUUCACAAGGCUCAAAUUCUAAAGAACUUUUUGGAGUGCUUCCUUAUGUUGCUCCAGAAUUGUUAAAAGCCCUAAAAAAUGGAGAAAAUAUCGUAUAUACUCAAGAAUCAGAUAUUUAUUCUUUAGGAAUUAUUAUGUUAGAAAUUUUUAAUGGAUAUCCACCGUAUUAUAAUAUUCCACAUGAUACUGCUCUAGCAUUAAAAAUAUUGGGAGGCCAGAGACCUGAAAUCAAAUGUGAAGUUCCUCAGUUACUUUUAAAUUUAAUUAAUCGGUGCUUAGACGGUGAAGCUAAAAACAGACCACACGUUAAAGAAUUAGUUGAUAGUUUUAAGCAAUAUCAAUAUGAUAUAACCAAUGAAAAAACAGAAUUAUAUAAACAAGUUAAGACCAUUAAAACUGAAAAAUUUCCAGCACCACUUAUUUAUGAAACUCAUAAACAAUCGAGUUAUACAAGCAAAAAUUUAAGCAAAACUUUGAAAAAUUUUCAAG